AUGGCCAUUCUCUUCCUCUUCUUCACCGGCUACUGUCUGGUGUGGAUUGUCUAUGCUCGGAGGUUUCACUCACUGGCCAAGUUCCCUGGACCAUUCUUAGCUUCGAUCACACGACUUUGGCUGGUUAUCGACGUUGCGCGGGGAAGGUCAGAGGAAACACAACGGCGCUUGCAUCGAAUCUAUGGUCCUAUCGUGCGAAUCGCGCCUGACGAAGUCGCUAUAGCCGAUCCGGAGGCGAUCAAAACGAUCUACGCAGCUCAUUCAGGCUUCAUCAAAACUGACUUCUACCUCCCUUUUCGCGCGACAUGGGGCAGAUACCCAGACGCCUUCACGAACCUUGACGAGCAUCAGCACGCUGACCGGCGCCGUAUUGUCAGCUCCUCCUACUCCAUGUCGAACAUAGUGAAAAUAGAACACGAGAUCGACAGAUGCGUGCAGGCUCUCGUGGAGAAGUUUGCCCAGUGUGCGAAGAACGAUGUCUCGGUCGAUCUGUCUGAAUGGAUACAAUGGUAUACGUUCGACGUGGUGGGCGAGCUGUUCUUUAGCUGUAUGUUUGGCUUCCUUGACGGUGCCUACGACUAUGGCGGCUACAUUGGCGCCUUGAACCUGCUUAUCCCUAUUGCCGGAUCCGAUACGACCGCAGCGGCGAUCCGCGCGAUCCUCUAUCACCUUAUGCGUACACCUUCGGCUUAUGCGAAGGUCACAGACGAGAUCGAUACAGCUAGAAAGAAAAAUCGGCUCAGCGAGAACGUGCAGUAUCGCGAAGCUGUGCGUCUACCAUACCUGGUGGCCUGCUGCAAAGAGGGUAUGCGACUCCACCCUAGUGUCGGUAUGACGUUGCCACGUUGCGUGCCCUCAGGAGGCUGCGUGAUUGCAGGCGAAAUGUUUCCUGGAGGCACGCGCGUCGGUGUGAAUGCUGCUGUGGUACAGCGCGAUCGACGGAUUUUCGGAGAAGACGCGGACAGCUUUGUUCCGGAGCGGUGGCUUCGGAAAGAUGCUGCGCGCAUGGAGCGCUACAUGUUUGCGGUGUGCAAUCCCGUAUCCAUGGAGCUCUUUUCCCAACACUAA